CGGAGCGGCUGGCCGUGGUCGCCUGACUGACCCGUGCUGUGGUGGACGGAGCAGUCGGCCGUGGUCACCUGACUGACCUGUGCUGUGGUGGACGGAGCGGCUGGCCGUGGUCACCUGACUGACCUGUGCUGUGGUGGACGGAGCGGCUGGCCGUGGUCGCCUGACUGACCUGUGCUGUGGUGGACGGAGCGGCUGGCCGUGGUCGCUGACUGACCUGUGCUGUGGUGGACGGAGCAGUCGGCCGUGGUCACCUGACUGACCUGUGCUGUGGUGGACGGAGCGGCUGGCCGUGGUCACCUGACUGACCUGUGCUGUGGUGGACGGAGCGGCUGGCCGUGGUCGCUGACUGACCUGUGCUGUGGUGGACGGAGCGGCUGGCCGUGGUCGCUGACUGACCUGUGAAGCAACCAACGGCGAGUGUGAUCUGGGUCGUGGACUCUGGGAGCGCAGCCGGAGACGGCGGUCCGCAGCCGGAGACGGAGCCGGAGCCGGAGACCCGGCCGCCACGGACCCAGCCGAGCGACGGAGGCAGAGGCAGAGGCAGAGGCCAACAGCAGGUCGGCCGCUCCGCCGUCUGCCACUCUCAGCGCGCCGCUCCGUCUGUCUGUUCAGCUCGGGACCAUGACGGCGGCCGGCGGCGGCGGCGACGACCCGGUGCUGGCCGCGAUGGGGACCGUGGGCAGGUGGCAGGCGUGCCAGUCGCUGCUGCUGUCGCUGGUGGGCGUGGUCUGCGGCUGGCAGGUGCUGGUGAUCGCCUUCCUGGCGCCGCCCACCGCCCACUGGUGCGCGCCACCCUCGCCGCACUGGGACGACCAACAGUGGCGGCGCGAGGGCAUCCCCAACCCGGCCGAGAGCGCAGCCUGGGGAUGUCGAUCGUACGUCGCCGACACAAACUCGACGUCUGUGCGCAUCCUGGACAGAAACCGCACAGUGCCGUGCCGCCGGUGGACGUACAACACCUCCGAGUACACCAACAAUGUCGUCAUUGAGUGGGACCUGGUGUGCGAUCGCCGCUGGCUGCAGAUGUUCGCUCAGGCCAUCUACAUGGUCGGCAUCGGCUGCGGCGUCCUCUUCUGGGGCGUGUUCGCCGACAGGUACGGCCGUCGGCCGACGCUGCUGCUCUGUGUGAUGCUGGCCUGUCUCUCCGGGAACGGCUGCGCUGCCGUCAACAGCGUGCAGCUGUUCCUCGUCUUCCGCUUCAUGAUCGCCUUCUGCGGCAUAGGCGCCUACUGCGCCUGCUUCGUCACCUGUAUGGAGAUGCUCGGGGACUGGUGGCGCGUCGUGGUCGGUAUCGCCUUCUGCAUGCCCAUGUCGCUGGGCUAUAUGACGCUGGCGGUGCUGGCCUACUUUGUGCGCCACUGGAGGGCGCUCCAGGUCGCCGUGUCGCUGCCCGGCAUCCUCUACAUGGCUUACUACUGGGUUGUUCCCGAGUCGCCGCGGUGGCUGCUGUCGCGCGGCAGAGUGAACGAGGCCGUCACCAUCAUGAAGAGGGCCCGCCUGUAUAACAAAAUGCCAGUCCUGGAUAACCUGCUCACUACUCAGGGCCGCGCCGAGCCGGGCGAGGCGACUCCCGCCGGCUGCCGGCCGCUGGCCGCCGACGGACGCAUGCUGGCGCUGGUCGGCUGCCUCUUCGUCUGCUGGCUCGUCAACAGCAUGGUGUUCUACGGCAUCCUGCUCAACACGGGCGACUUCGGAGACAACAUCUACAUGAACGCCUUCCUUGGAGGAGCGGUGGAGAUUCCGGCGUACGCCGCCUGCAUCUACGCCAUCCUGCGCCUGGGCCGGCGGCGUCCGAUCGCGCUGGCCAUGACCGUCGCCGGCCUCAGCUGCCUGCUGACGCUCGCCUUCGACCCAGCGGCGUGGCAGCGCGGCUGGCCGGUGGUCUGUCUGGGCCUGCUCGGCCGGUUCGGCAUCACGGCCUCGUUCGGAGCCAUCUACGUGUACUCGGCCGAGCUGUUCCCCACGGCGCUGCGCAACACGGGCCUGGCCGUCUGCUCAGUCGGCUCGCGCUUCGGAGGCAUCCUGGCGCCAAUGCUGCAGCUGCUGAGGGACGAUGUGCACCCGUCUCUGCCGGUGGUGGUGUACGGCCUGUCGGCGGUCGGCUCCGGGCUCUCGGUGCUGCUGCUGCCCGAGACGGCCGGCCGGCCGCUGCCGGAGACCGUGGCGGACGUGUUCGGCGACACACGCAGGUCUGAGACUCACGACACAACAGCUGAGCAGCAGCCCCUGGACGGCCCAGGUAUAGGUCACCCGGAGCGGGCGCCGGCGUGAGGACAUCCAGCCGGUACAGGUCACUGUACCAGCCCACCCGGUCUCCUGGUACCGGCCGGUACAGGUCACCUGAACGGACAACGGCCGGUACAGACGACUGUACCGCCCGGUCUCCUGGGGCCGACCGCUACAGACGACUGUACCGCCCGGUCUCCUGGGGCCGGCCGGUACGAGUCACUGUACCACUCGGUUUCCUGGUACCUGCUGGUACAGGUGACUGUACCGCCCGAUCACCUGGGCUGACCGGUUCAGGUCACCUGAACGGAAGCCGGCCGGACAUUCAUGCCAAACAGGAAGGUGUGUUUUUGUAACCGAUUGUGACCGAUGGCGGGAAAGUGGCAGCCGUCUGUUCAGGCCGGAACGUCCAGCUCAACACACUGUAGACGCCGUGACGUAUGCCUGCAAUAUAAGCAAUGCAACCUGGUUACUCAGGCGAGCUUAAUUAGGGUUGUUGGUUAUCAAAGUAGGUCUGUUAAAAAUGUCGUAUAGCUAUGUUGAAUAUUCAAGAAAUAUGCUACCUACGAUACGCAAAUGUUUUAUUGUGUGUGACAAAAAAAAAAUAUAUUGGUACUUUCUUUGUGCUAAUGAUAUUUCUUGAAAACUUUUUAUCCGUGAUUGAUUUCAGAAUGCAUUUGCAUGCAUACCGUUCGGUGGAACAGCGCAAACAUGUAAAGUGACCGAAUGCGAAUAAACAAUAUGUGUGGUGGUAUGCACACUUUUACCAG